AUUGCAUACCGUACCAGACACAAUUCCGGUGCCGGCGAGAUGGAGAUGGUCUCUGGAGGAAGGAGGAGGAUGAGCGCCCCUAGAGCAAGGAUAAGCCAGCGCACAAUGAAGCUACUCGUGGACACCCGCACCGGGCGCGUGGUGUACGCGGAGGCCCGGAAGGAGGUGGUGGACUUCCUCUUCUCCCUCCUCGCCAUCCCCAUCAGCACCGUCGUGGGGCUGCUCGCCGCGGACCCCAUAGGCAGCGUCGGCAACCUGUCCCGGAGCCUCGACGAUCUCGACGCCGCCUACAUCGUCGAUGAACACGCCAGGGACGCCCUGCUCCCGCCCACGGCUGGCGGCGGCGGCCUUCUCCUCCUGCUCACCGCUGGCGGGUCGUCCUUCUCUCGCGGCGUCGUGCAGGGCGUCGUCACCUACACCAUCACCGACGACCUCAAGGUCACCCCCAUGUCUAGCAUCUCUGGGAUCACCAUGCUCAACAACCACCGUAUCAGGGACACCCGCCACCUCCAGGAGAGGACUGUCCAAUUUGGCCGCACCGAGGGUCUGGAGAUACUGAGGGCGUCACUGCAGUCCCAGACGGUCCUCACCGACGUCUUCCUUAGGAGGGCCUAAGCAGCAACCUCAAGCUCAAGAGUUAAUAAUUCAUACUUCCUCCGUUCCAAAAUCACUGUCGUAGUUUUAGUUUAAAUUUAAACUUAAAUCACGACAGUAAUUUUAAAACGGAGGGAGUUCUUUCGGUGAUUUACAGCAAUAUAUGAUCGUGAAGAAUAUCAAAGGAAGAGUCCGGCUAGUAGGGUUUUUUAGUCCUUGCAAGUGCCGCACUCGGUCCGACUGUGGCGUUUCUUCUUCGAGUUUGUCUUCCGGAUUUCGAUCCUCCUCGAGUUCGUUCAUUUGGUUGUAGUCGACGAAAAUCCGGUGUAGAUUCCUGCCGCCUCCUUGAGACGGCGAGGCUAGGGUUUCUCGUCAUGUGACGAGGUUUGAUGUCUAGCGUUCCAGUUCUAUGCAAGGGUUCAACGAUGACGUAUGUGGCUUCAUAGCACUUGUCCUUAGAGGCACAUGCACAAAGUCUUUCCGUAUGUCAUCGACAAGGUCCAACCAUCUCCGGUAGUGGUGCAGCGAGACUGGCAUGUCGGCAGCUCGUUCUGGCGGCAAGUGGCCAUUCUGUGAUCACGGAAUCUUGAUGUGAUUUUUAUUUUGUUUGAGAUGCAUUGUACUUCCAGUGAGCUUUAUAAUCGAUCAGAUAUUUUCUAUAA